AUGGCAACUGUGCAUGAACCAACUGUUGUGGGAGUUGCUCACUUCAAUGCAGCUGAAGAUGCAGCAGCUUUACGAGGAGCCAUGAAAGGAUUUGGUACAGAUGAGGAUGCAAUCAUAGAAAUUCUUACAUCCAGAUCAAAUGCUCAGAGGCAGGCCAUCUCACAAGCAUUUACUCAUGAGUAUGGGAGGGACAUCAUUGAAGACCUCAAGUCAGAACUUGGAGGUCAUUUCGAAGAUGUUAUAGUUGCUUUGAUGCUGCCACCAGCUGAAUACCUUUGCAAAGAGUUGCACCAUUGCAUGGAAGGCAUGGGAACUGAUGAAAAAGUGUUGGUAGAAAUACUAUGUACUCGAACUAAGAAAGAGAUUGCUGAGAUUGUUGAAGCAUAUGAGAGAUUAUACAAUCGGCCAUUAGCAGAACAUAUGUGUUCAGAAACAUCUGGAGAUUUUCGAAGACUUCUAACUCUGAUUGUUACUGGCGCUCGUGAUGAAGAAGCCGGAGUCGAUCAGGCUAGAGCAGCCGAGGCAGCUCAGCAGCUUUACGAUGCGGGAGAGGCCAAGUGGGGAACUGAUGAGGAGAUAUUCAACAAGAUUCUAGCUCACGAGAGUUUUGGCCAAUUGCGCGCUAUUUUUGAGGAGUACAAGAACAUCUCGGGUCGUACGAUUGAGCAGGCGAUCAAGGCCGAGAUCGCUGGAGAAUUAUCUGAGGCACUCAGUGCAAUCGUGGAAUGCGUGGAAAACCACGCGGCUUGGUUCGCUCAGCGGCUUCGGGAUGCCAUGCAAGGUCUCGGCACCGACGAUAGGACCCUCAUCAGGAUCAUCGUCUCCCGGUCCGAGCGAGACCUCGCCGCUAUCAAGCGGGAGUACGAGGUCUUAUAUAACAAGACUCUCGGCAGCGAAGUCAGGGAGUCGGCUCCCUUCAGGGUAUGUCUUGUUUCAGUGGAAUGUGUGGAAAACGCGGCGGCUUGGUUCGCAAAGAGACUGCGCAGUUCGAUGCAAGGGGGCGGGACCGAAGAUAAAGCCUUGAUAAGGAUUAUUGUGAACCGAUCCGAGAUCGAUCUCGCCGCUGUCAAGAGGGAGUAUGAAAGUCUGUAUGACAAGACUCUGCAGAGUGACGUUGCGCAGGGAGAGACUUCGGGCGACUACAGGAAGGCUCUCAUCGCUCUACUUGGACCCGCCUAA